CGAAAGUUUGAUGGAAGCUGGCGCCUACACAAACUCAUAUAUACGUACACACGCCCGGCGUUAUACAUAUCUAUACCUUUGGAGCGGUUCUUUUUCUACUCGACACGCUAAUUAGCCACCCCGCCUCUUCCGCGUCCUGAUGACACAAGCUGCCCAAUGUAUGUGAGAGGAUGACUAGCUAUUUUGUCUGCUUAUUCGACUAUCGCCGCCCUACUUCGCCUUUAUCCUUAGAUUUUCGCAUCCCUAUGCCUCUACUACACCGAGCAUUGCGAUGACCCGAAAUCCUUUGCGGACCACCGUGCCCGCUUGGGUGGAAUUGUAUGAUGAGCACGCCCAUGGGCCGAGAAAGGACAAACACAUCAACCCUCCCCCACCAAGUGUCCGCCCGGAACAGAAUAAAGGAAACCAAUUAAAACGAAGGGUAUCGAAGGAUGGCUACAUUGACUGGGUCGACGAAAAACAUGAUCGUGUAUCUAAACUCCCUGUGUUUUUGAGAAAACGAGCCGACAGGCCGGGACGACGAUGGGAUCAUUUGCGCACGGCAGAGCCAGUUAUUAUGGGACUCGGCUAUCGAGCACCUAAUGAAGAUCCUUACGAGAGAUGGCGGGAUUUUAUCCAUUCGUCUUCCUAUGGAAGAAAUCCCGAUGACGAGUACGAAGUGGUACCCUAUGAUGUCCUCGAACGACAAAUGCCAGGCCUCGAUCAGCCUGUACGAAGCCCAUUUCAUCCGUUAGAUCCGAAGACCAAGAGAAUAUCUAGAAAGGAUACGUGGGGGAUGAAGAUCUCGAAUUUUGUACUGCGGCAUCCAAUAGCGCCGCUUAUAUUCCGUCUAAUCGUUUUAAUCACCACCAUCGCAGCUCUUGCUGUGGCAACAAAUAUCUUCCAAAAAGAGAAGAGCCCAGAAACCCCCGACGACAAUACCCCGGAGACUUCGCAAGCGAUUGUAGCUAUAGUCAUUGACGCGAUAGCUAUUCCUUAUAUUUUAUAUAUGACUUGGGACGAAUAUACAGGGAAACCCUUAGGACUUAGAGCACCAGCGCAGAAGAUAUCGCUAACGCUCUUGGACCUCAUUUUCAUCGUGUUGAAAUCUGCUAGCACGGCACUGGCUUUCGAAGCGUUGGUGUAUCAUAGCGGGGACGGUCUGUCGACAGUUCCUGAAUGGGCAGCAAUGGAGAGAUUGUCUUUGCAUCUGGCUAGGGGUCUUGCGGCGUUGACGCUGGUAGGGUUGAUCGCCUGGAUUCUGAAUUUCACUAUUAAUGUUUUCAGACUGGCAGAGAAGCUCGGCGGGAUAGAUAACGUAAAUGAAAAAUGGGUUAGGUAAAUAGCUUGUAAGGAUAGCGUAUAAGGAGAUGAAUAUACCCCAAGAUGAUAACGUUAAUAUUAUUUAGCCUGAGGGUUUUGUAAAACAUUAGCGGAAUGUAAACAACUUUAUUUGCGAUGCUUGACCUUAGGUAGGUAGGUAGGCAAACUGUCUUGGAUCAAAAUGUCCAGGCAUCGUUCUUUAUAUGCAACAGAUGGC